AUGCCCAGCCUCUUUUUUAGAAGAACCAAAGGCAAAGGCCCAUCCCAAAUCAACUCUGCUUCAGGAUACCUAGGCGCCAUCAGCUCAGCCGACAUUGACCGUCUUGGACUCUCAUCGCCCACGCCGAGCACAGCCGACGCACAGCUCCUACCCAACGUUCCCACAAAGGAUGAUCUCCCUGCGCCACCUCCCAAGAAUCCCGCCGCGAGCCAACAUGAUCCCUACAACAAUCAUCAGGCAUCCUUCUCUUCGACGCUGACCCUACAGACCACCAACACUACCGCUCACAGUAACGGACACGGCGGCAUGGAUGACUUCGGUCAGAUGCAGGCUCUCACCGGUAGUAAAUCUGCCACCUUUGCUUCCUCUUCACGGCCCAACAACUACAACACGCUUCUUCAGGCGCCUUCUGCUUCCACCUUAGUCGCUGCUAGCUCCUCAGUCUACGCAAAUGGCUCUAAAUUCACUCGCAAACAGUCGUCUUCUUCCUUCAUGUACGAUGCCUCUUCCUCAUUACAAAAGCAGCCUUCAUACGCCUACGGCUACACAACAGAAGCAUGGCACGUUCAGCUCGAAGCAAGCCGUGUCCUGGCGCUGCUAGAGGCAUGUGGUGACCAGAUCCGCAAUCGAGGUCUGGACAACCCGCUCAUCUUCUCUUCCAUGGCUCUCGAUCUGUCACCGACAAACGUAGCUUCCUUGAUCAAGCUCUUCGCCUCAACUUCUGGCGUACUCCCCUCCGCCUUUGUCGACGAAAUCCGCUUCGCCAAUCCACACGAUCUUGCAGCAGUCAUCAAGUGGGCUUUUGCACGAAUGGGCCGUGUUCUCGCAGUUCCUGUGCCCGUGCCUGGUGCAAAAAAGGGAGAAGUGCGAGAAGAGAAGGUCUACGUACAACAGCGCGGCUUCUUAGAUCUAGAAUCCUACCAUGCUUGGCGAGAGCAGGAACGUCGACAGCACUACACUCCAACCGCGUUCAAGGACUUCCUAGCGCAUCUUAAGCAGGAAAAUGCCAAGCUUCUCAGCUCGUUGUUCUCUUUACUAAGCUCAACGGCUAGCUACUCGUUGAAGAACGGCAUGAUGCCGGCCAAGCUCAGCAAGCAUUUCGGUGUGCUGCUGUUCGGCUUACCUGAAGACGAGACCUUUGCGAGGACGUACGAUGCCUAUGUCCGGGCGAGCAAUGCUACUGAGCACCUACUGUUAGCUUAUAUCAGGUAUCAGGCGACGCAGGCAGCGUUGCCGCCGAGGUUGGCGCAGCACGUUAGUGGCUAUCCGUCGAUCUUGCCUGCCGAGAUGGCUUUGCCAUCGACUUCAUCCAAGUUGGUUCCGAUUACGCAGAUCGAGCGGAAUGUUAGGCUCUACAGUGUCGAUCUGGUACAGUCGGCUUGCGAGAUGGAUUUGGAACAGGUGUGUAAGGAGUGGGAACACUGUCUCUGUGUUCAUGAGACUUUGGGGAAGGACCCGCAGUUGUCGGAUAAGUUUAGGAAACUGAUCAAUCUCAGAGGUGGCGCUACGCAGGGACGGAAGCCUGGUAGCAAGGCAAACGAUCCAUCGGUUGGCUGUGAGGACGAUGAUGCAGUGGCAGCGCAUUCCUCUUUGGCAGGGAAGCGCUGGGAUGAUUUCCUCAGCGAUGGCUUCUCUGCGCCUGACUCUUCCAAACUGGCUUUCGACCUGAACGAGUCGGCACGCAUGAACAGAAUUGCAGGCAACAAGAGGGACACGGUCCAAUGGAACACAUUCUCGGCCAACGGCUUCCAUCCAGACGAGAACCAAGCAUUGGCAAAAGCUUUGAGCUUUGACGAUGUUCUCAAACGUGACGUCCAGAAUUGGCCUUCAGAAAGAGAUAUGAUUCAUGCCAAGCUUAAAUCUAAAUCUGACAAACUCCCCGCGUUCAACUACGACACUAGGCCUCGUCUCCUCACCAGCCCAAGUCUAGCAGGUGUUGCGGAGGGAAAGAUGGACAACCACCCAAUCAGUCGGAUGGAUGAAACAUUCGCUGAUGUCUGGGCGGACUAUCUGUUAGGCAACGGAUGGAGUAAUCGAGAUGAAUUGACGCAUAGGAACGCCAACUUUGUCGUCGUUCAGUACAAGUCUAGGCCGAACGAGAGUACGGUUGGGUCGCAGAGUGCGGGUAGUACGCUUUCUUUGCCGACUAGUUUCAGGAAGGUGGAAGGUGGAGCGAGGGAUGAUAGAAAGGAUGCCGCUUGGUUUGUGGUUCAGGAGGUUGUGCCGGCGCAGUAUAGGCUUGAAUUGGGGAAUGUAGGGCAGGGUGAAGGGGUAGGGAGGGCUAUGAUGAGGAAGUUGAAUAUGUUCAGGAGUAAGAAGGAUAAGAGUUCUAGCAGUGGAAUUGGUGGUGGAGAGAAGAGUACCGAUAUGGCGGGAGAUGAUGUGUUUAAGGCUGGAUCGGGCGGGUCGACGAAGCGGAUCGUGUUGAGUGAUCAGCUGAAGAGGAAUGGAAGUAGGAAUGCUUCUCGUAGCUCACUUAGGAGUAACCGGACUAGUAUGGAUAAGAGAGCAGGUGGAGGCGAGGCUGGUGAAGAUCACUCUACGGUCCAUAGCAAUGGCCAUGCGCACUUCAAGAGUGAGGGGCAUCAGCAGUCGUCUUCCUCUGGUGGCGGCGGUGGAAACAAGCUCAUGUCGACGCUUCGUGCGAAGAGCAUGAAAGUCGUCCAUUCUGCUCGUAGGGGAGCUUCUUCCCCUGCCCUCAACUCACGUGAUCCCAUCCUGGCUGGGUACGACGAAUUCGGUUGCCACCCCACCACCAAUCACGCUCGAGCAGGCGAGCAAGAAGGAGACGUCCACGGCGACCGUUCGUUCACCAGUGCUGAUUUCGAAACACGCAGUAUUGGCGAUUCCGACAGUAUCUCUCUAACCCCUGCUCGGAAAAGGAGGGGCGAUAAAGCAUGGAUCGACAUCCUAGUUCGAGCCAAUGGUAACCGCUUGGAGGGUCCCGAUGUGCCUCGGCCCUACACCCGAGCUAUGGCGAUGGCGGACGAUACAGCACAGCUUUCGACCGUAGAUGCUGGGUUGGAGACUGGUGCUAGUACUCCUCGACUCAUGCGUGGGUCUGGGGGAUCGGUUGAGACUUUUGAGGCUCAUCAUUCGAAUGGUGUCCCUCGCUCAUCGACACCGCCGCUAACGGCGAGUAAUAAGGCUACACCGGAAACGGAUCACGCUGAAGAGUUCCCUGCAUUGGAACGGAUUGAAAGUCCUUCUCAUUCCCAGUGCUACUCUUACUCGGCCGAACCCAGCACGCAAUGCAAUGCUGCGGAUGGUUCUUUUGGUGUUACGACAGCUCGAUCUCAAGUGGCAGAGAUUGCGAUGGGUGAGGCAUCUCUCUCACCCUCGGCCUCCAUGCUUAAACCGGAAGCGGCACUAGACUACGUCGCAGCAGCAAGAGCCGCUUUGAAGUCGAGAAAAGAAGCCCCCCCUCGUCCUGCUGCGUCGAUUGAUACAAAGAAGUUGGUUGAAUCGCUUCGUGCCGGGUUGAGCCCUAUUGAGGCUGUGAGAGCGAGUAAAGAGGGUAGAUCUGUUUCGCCUUCUUCUCCCCUCGGAGGGGAUACUUCUGCAGGUUCGGCUAAUUGGCUUAUGGAUGCUCCAUCAGCGAAGCCAGCUGCUGGUAGUGUGAAGGGAAGAGGGUAUAGGGAUCCAUUUGUGAAAGAUCCUGUGGCGGGAAGAGUUGCUGAUGUAGCGUCGAAAUUUGGCGGUAGAGCUGGUGCCUCUUCUAUUCCUGUGUUGAAGGGGAACGGUGUUGGUGGGAAGGGAGAUCUGGAGAAGCCUUUGCCUGCUGUUGUUCAGGCUAGGACUGCAACUACUGCAACCGCUCGAGCGGGAACAGAGGGGAUUGGAGCUGCAAUGCUUACCCGUGCAUCGAUGGACAGUAGAGUCUCGGAUGAUGAGAUAUAUCCGGAGGACGCAGCAUCUAAUUUCGAUCCUCGCGAGCGAUACCAGACGAAUUCUACUGAUAGUCCCCUUAUCCGUAACCUGGAGCUUUCCCAGGCAGAGGAAGAAGGUGAGAUGGAACAACUCGAUAACUCGACUCGAUGGCAAGCAAGGUCUGCAGAAUGGGAAGCAGCUGAGAGCGGAGAAGCACCGACAAGGUUCGCUCAACCUUAUCAACCAGGUAUGCCGCUAGACAACGUUUUGGAGGAGAGCGAGAGCGUUGUUUCAUCCAGUAUCAAUCUUUGA